CUCUUCCGUUAUGGCUUCCGUCACGUCCGUUCCAAUCUCCUCGCUCCUCCCUUUAUCCUUCCUCCCUUCUUCCCUCGGCUCUGCUUUACCUUUCCUUCUCUUCCUCAAUCUCUGCUGUUCCAGAAGAAUCCCAUGGCGGAGACGCUCUCCAUCGCCGUACCUCCCUUGCCCUGGAGACGAAUCGUCGUGGGUUGUGGAAUGGCGGCAAUUGAUUUUGUGGCAACCGUGGAUGCUUUUCCGAAGCCUGAUGACAAGAUUAGGAGCAAAAGAUUGAAGGUUCUAGGAGGUGGAAAUGCAGGGAAUGCUUUAACAUGUGCAGCUCGUUUGGGUUUGACACCUAGGCUAAUCUCCAAGGUUGCCGAUGAUACUCAUGGUGGAUAUAUUCUAGCAGAGCUUGAAGCUGAUGGAAUUGAUAUUUCUAAUGUUGUGAUAUGUAAUGGGGGAACUUCAACUUUUUCAUAUGUGAUUGUUGAUAACCAGAUGAAAACUCGUACAUGUAUAUACACACCCGUGUACCCUGCCAUGGUACCUGAGGACUUGCCCAGAUCAAGUUUGUUAUCUGCCCUGGAUGAAGCAAAACUGGUAUAUUUUGAUGGAUGGUUGCAUAGGACUGCUUUGGUUAUUGCGCAGCAGGCAGCUGAAAUGAAUAUACCUAUUUUGAUUGAUGCAGAAACAAAUAAGUCAGGCUUGAAUGGCUUACUUGAUCUGGCAAGUUAUAUUAUAUGUUCAGAAAAAUUUCCACAGGAGUGGACAUCAAUCCCAUCCAUUACAUAUGCAUUAGUAUCCAUUCUUCUACGGUUUCCUCAUGUCAGAUUUGCAAUUGCAACCCUUGGAGAAAAAGGCUGUAUAAUGCUUGAGAGGAGCAUAGAUGAUGAAGGUUCUGAUAUAGAUGAAACCGAUGUAGAGAACUUGCUUGAAUCGCUAAAGAUGAGAGUUGAUAAAGAUAAUGUGCUCCCAUCAUGUGUAUCAUCUGAGUGCAUGAGGUUAUGUGCCCCUGGAGUAGGCACUAUUAGUGGGAGAUUGCUUUUAGGCACAGCAGAGAUCAUACCUUCUUCAGAGAUCGUUGACACCACAGGUGCUGGAGAUGCAUUUAUUGGAGCAAUCCUUUAUGGGCACUUUCUCUGGACUCAGCAUGUCAUUAGAAGUUUCUACCUUCGGUGAAUCAAGAUGAGAUUGGGAGAGUCACAUUGGUUGUUGAGAUUUUUUUAAAAUAAAUCUCUUUGAAAGAUUCUUCAAAACAUAUGAUGUUCUUCUUGUGCAAUGAAAUUCUGAAGUUAAAAAAAAGUAAAUAUUGAUGCAUGCUUUUUAUUAAAAAAAGUAAGAAGUAUGUAUAGAUGCAUGGACAACCAUACAACUUCGGGUUUACGUAGAAAUUGGAAAGAUGUCCAUUUUCUUCUAAUUUCUGAAGGGUGUUACUUGUCCAUGUAUAAAGGAUAUUAGGGAAGUGUUCUCUGCUCUAGUUAUGUUUUAGCAUUUAUUCUUGCUUGGAAGUAGGCUUAACUUUAGAAUGGGUGCUUGUGUUGCAUGUGGUGUCUUUCUAAAAUGCAUUAUUGGGCUUCAAAUAAGAAAAAAAAUAUUCACGUCUUCUUUGAUCUUUGAUCGUUUUUAUUUGACCUUCUCAUGUCUUCACUCUCCAUCUGUAAGCUUUAAAUAUUCCUAAGAUAUGUAUAUGAAGAGAUUCUGGAUGUGCAAGCAAACGACUACUUUCUUGAAGUGGAUUUAAUGUUUGGCAAUCAGUUGAGAUUUGGGAGUUUCUUGACAUUUGUUUACUGGAGAUAUGGUGAAAAAUAGAACAAUAUACCAAUGUCUCUGUUUCCUUGUACAUACGGCAAAGGACCUCUUAGUCCUAGUGACAUUUGCUGCCUCUGCGAGCCCUGAUGCAAUAGAAUGACUGUCUUUGUAAACUCCAGCAAAGAGGUAAUGUAUCUAUGACAUACAUGUGUUCAAUAUGAUAGCUGAGAUCUUUUUCGGAAUAUGAAGUUAGCUGGUACAACUGAACCUCGGAAUGUCUCUCUGAACUCUAUGAGAUAAUCACUCGCAUCAUUUAAAAGGAUUCAUGGCAAUGGUCAAAUUUCCACCUGUGUGCAUAUUAUUUUAGGCUUUUGCUAAUUCGGUCUCUAUCCGUCCAAGAGCAAAAGCUGAUUUUUUCCUCAAUGAGCGCACACUGAGCUGGAGAAUCCUUUCUACAAGUCAUGGCCAGGUGGUUAUCCUAUGUUAGGACUUAGGAUGUUGAGACAACCAAGCUCUUCACUAACCCACUAGCCAGUAUGUUGCUUGAAUCAGUCUCCUUUGAUUUGCAUUCGUCUUCUACGUUCACUUCAUUCCGGCAAAAGAAGAAGGUACCUAACUCUUCUUUUUAAUUCUUUUAUCCAUCUGAAUUGUUAGUUGUUUCUUUGCUAUGAAAAUCACAUAGUUAUUGUGAGCCGGUUGUAAUGUAUCUGGGUGUGGGACAUAAUUUGCUACUUUAGUUCUCAUAUCCUCGAUAUUUUGUUCAGUUGCUGGCUUAGGCAUAUAGAUGAAUUCUUCUUGUCACCCAUUGUUCAUUCGCUAUGUUUUGGUUGUCAUACAAAAUUUUUGAACCUCUGUUCUUACAAUAUUCCUCCUUUGUUGCGUGACAUGAUCUUCUAGUGAUUAGCACUCACUAGGAUGCUGGUGAUGACUGACUGAAUUAUUAAUAUUGUCUAAUCCAAGGUAUGCCAAACUGGUACCGGUUGCGUACCGGUCGGCUACUGGACCGGUUCGGACCAAAUCGAACCAAUAUCAAACCGGUACCUUGAUUUGACCACAACGCGGAUGCACUGUGGCAAAAAAAAAAUGAACUGGUGCGAAUGGAUCGGUUCGCACCGAUUCCUAGCCGAACCGGACGGAAUUGGUUCCGUCUGGUAUGCCUUAAGUACCGGCCGGUUCCGGCCUGUACAGGCCAGUUUCGGGCUGAAACCGUUUUCCACCACCGAACCGGACCGGUUAGGUACGGGUUAAACCGGCUGGUACGAGCAGCAUUUCUUGGUCUAAUCUCCAGGCUAAUGAGACCAUCUUACUUGCAUUUUUGUGGUUAAAAUGCCUCCAUGAUAUGGAGUCUCACAGUUUGGCAUUCAUCAUCAUUGGUAUACAAGGGACCAUUUUUAGGCAUAAUUUUGAACAGUUUCUUCUGCAGAUUGUGAUUUCAUGGAAGCUGGGUUAAUCCUGUCUCUUUGGCAUCUAACUCAAAGUAGCAUCAGUUGAUCCACAAUCUUCUGAAUAUAUAUUUUUUUUCCUUCAGAGGUACAUGUUCUGUCCUGGCAAAGCAUGUGCCAUUCUGGCACGUGUUUGGCAUGGUAUGAGGCUAUGAGCAUAGAUGUCUAAAUCCUUGAUUUUGAAUGGGAAUUAUGACGGGCCAAUUAGGUUGUUCCAGUGUUGGAAUAUAUUAUCUCCAUGCUUGUUGGAAUUUGACCCUGCAAGCAUAUCAGAUGUUCACAAGGAAAGCAAUGGUGCUGAAGACAAGACUAGAUAGCCGAGCAGAAGUACCAACUGCUUUGUUGAUCUGGGAGGAGAAUAUCCUAUUUGAAGUUUCACCUAUGAAACAGUUAGAUCUAGCAAGCUGUAUGUUUCAAGGUUGUAACUAGCAUGGAGCUACUAUUUAGUCUAAUGGCUAACUUAUCAGGAAAAAGCACUAGGACUGUUUCAACUUAUCCUGAUAGAAGUGGUUUAAAAAGUCCACGUGCACUCAAAGGCUCUAUGAUACAGUUGUUGGGUCUGAGCUGGCUGCCUGAAGUGCUCUUAUAUGUCUUAUUUUAUAGUUGUUCAGCUUUCUGACUGGUUGGUAGAUACACUAGUAACACCACAAGAGCUUCAGGUUUUAUAACUCCUUCCCUGUCAAGGAGUUUCAAUGGUGAUUCCUUUGCGAAUUUAACUCUCUCUAGCGCACCAAAAUCCUCUUUAAUGUUAAAUUUAGGAGCUGCCUAUUCAAUGAUAUUCAUUCAUCAUCCUUGCAGUUUGUUUACAUGUCCUGUUAAAGACUUUUCACACCUUUGGUCCUUUUCACUUGCAUUGCCUUGUAUCACUUUUAUCCUGUACUAGGAUUAUUGAAUGGUUUGUAGAAAACAGUGAUGAGUCACAUGUUGCUCUCUAUAUGGAUAAUGUUUGAAAGGUAAGGUAUAGAAACAUGCUUUUUGGGGAACUAAUGGGUGCCCCAAAGCAUUCUUGUUUCUUUUAUGUUGCUGACUAACCUGCCCUUUUCAUACUUGCUAGUUUAUGUCAUACUUGUAGACACUUUAACAUUUUAUUUCUUUUUUUGCACUAUUAUUAGCACUGUGUGCAGAGAUGCCCCCGGAGAAGAUGUUGCCUUUUGCUGCUCAAGUGGUAAAGUUGUUCUUCCCUUUUUAUCUGCAUGGUUCGUAGUACCUUUAUAAAAUUUACUUCAUUAAUCACUACCAAAUGGAAAGACUCGACAAAGCAAAAUGUCGUCAAAAAGAAAGGGAAGAUGUCUGCACAUAGAACUCAUUUUCUAUAUCAGAAUAUUUCAGAUGUCAUCAUAAAUUAUUUUCGCAUUUUGUCUAUUCACCAUUCACAUGAAAUGGGCAUUAUGUCGUUUGAUCGCAGGCUGCCUUAUGCUGUAGAGCACUUGGUGCUCGGACUGGUUUACCUCGACGGAUGGAUCCUCGCCUGGCUCCAUUCUUACAAUAGACUGUUACUCCUAUAAGAAGUUCGAUGCUGUGAAAUUUUAGCAUGGAACUCUUUAAUAGCCAGUAUCACACUUGGACAAGCAGCAUGUAUCAAAAAUGAUGGAAACUCUUUUGUAACAUUCUUACUGAUAAUUUCACUUAGAUAAUUUAUGUAGUUUAACAUUCUCUUAUAAAAUUUCACCUA